AUGCUAACUGCUACGGUUCAGCUCUGCCUCGCACAUUACUGUGACCUUCACGGGCCGACGCCCUUGAUGGUGACUGAAGGUCUUCCGGUCCCCUGUCAUAUCUGUUGCGACGAGGAUCUCCCUGUUACCGGCGCUGCCCCGCUCAAUAACAAGCAGCCUCGGCCAACAACACCCACCAACGGCGAAUCUACACAUGCAACCGAUGUCACGGAAGCCCUACGUCGUAUCAACCUGACCGAGCCACACAGCAACUCGCCGGCUACCGUUGGCAACCAAGACGCACGAACCCAACCUGAUUCCCCCCUGGCAGGCCCCCAGGCGACCACCGCUGCAACCGCCGGUUCCGCCAUCGAAACACCUCCUCAAAGUCCCCCGCGCCUAACCCGGGUAUCCAGCGCACAACAGCAUCCACAACAGCCGCAGCCACGAAAACAGCGCCAAGACUCCGGCUUCCGUAGGACGUACGAUGAUUAUGUGACGCGGCGCGCCGGCCCAUGCGAUAACUGCGCCUUAACGCUACCCAAGCGGCAGGACGCGAGCAAGAGCCCGUCCGGGACGGAACCAUCUGCCCCGGAGCGUAGUCCUACCUUGAGAACCCGGGCACCGUAUGCCCGGGUCUUUACCGGCCUGGAUAGUGGCACCCUGUCCCCCUCAGCUUCGCCGCAGUCUUUGUCCUCAGCCCCGUCUGAAGAUGAAUCCACCAGCCGACCACGCCCGUCCCACCGUCGAACCGCCACCGCCUUGUCUACGGCCUCACGAUCAACCAUCAAUUCUGCUAGCGCGAACGCGAACGCACAUUCCCACAUGCAUUUUCUCGACUACACAUCAACCCACGAGCCUCUCGCGCCAUCUUCCUUCUCUCUCGUACGCGCUUCUUGCCUGCGCACUCUCUCGUUGGAAACACUCCCUCGCGCACCAGCUACAACGAACCCCACUGCAGCCGGCGCGCCAAUGCCCACUCCAAGUGGCUCACCCAACGGUCCCGCGUUCGUCACCACUCACAGCAUCGGCUCGGCAGCCUCGGGCGGCUCGAUAUUCUUUGGCGACAAAAAGGUUGGUUUCACAACCGCCUACAUCUUCCGCGUGCCCGAUGUGCACGCCCGCGGCCACAAACGUGUCUAUGCCUUCCUAGCCUUGAGCACCCACCCCGAAACCACCGCGGUGAAAACCUUCACUUUCCUCUCCUCCGCCUUCCGCGACCUUGCCUCCUGGAUACAAGAACUAGCAGAAGCCGAGGCGGAGCGGGCCAUGGCUGACUCGUCCAACUUUACCGGAAGUAGCCCCGUUGUCCCCGGGUCCGGGUAUGGGAGCUUCCAUACCGAACCGCCCCCUCCCCCUCCGCUGGUUACGGGGGGUAGCAACAGCAGCUUUUUGACGGGCGGUGCCGGCGGGCUGUCGCGGCGUAUGGGUGGUGGUUUUGGCGGUGCUGGUGUGGCUCUCAAACAAAGAGGCUUAGCAGAGCUCGUUGGCCUGCCAGACUUCUUCCUCGAGCUGCAUGCCCGGUUUGUCCGGUUGCUACUCGAGAUUGGGGUCAUGGUCGGGUCGUGA